CGUGCGCGGAAACACAGGCGCAGUGAGCUCAGGUUUAACAUCGUCUGUGUGAACAGAAGCUCUGGAGCAACGCUGCACAUGUGUGUGUGUGUAUGUGUGUGAGAGAUGAGCGACACACACGGGUCCGGCGGAGACUCCGAGCCCGAGUCAAAGCGCCUCUGCACCGCGAGCGCGUCUCACGAGCGCUGUGACCCGGCAGAGGGCGCCAGAGCCGCAGUGUCGGUGAUCAUGCCCGUGUUUAAUGCGUCUGAUUGGCUGGACGAGUGUCUGCAGGCCAUACUGGAGCAGGAUUUCCUGGACCGAAUGGAGCUGUCCGUGUACGACGACGGCAGUACGGAUAACUCUCGAGAGCUGCUGGAGAGAUGGAGGCAGAGGUUCGAGGACCGAGGUCGUCCCAUGCUGAUCUCUGGCCACAGCUCAUCCAGCCCACGCGGAGUUGGAUUUGCUAAAAACCAGGCGGUGCGUCAGAGCUCUGGACGAUUCCUCUGCUUUCAGGACGCGGAUGACAUCAUGAGGCCUCAGAGAGUGCGACUACAGUAUGAAGCUGCUGCAGCGAAUCCAAACGCAAUUGUGGGUUGUAAAGUGUGUCGUGUUCCUGAAGGCUCCACUGAGCGCUACACCAGAUGGAUCAACUCUCUGAGUCCAGAGCAGCUCCUCACACAGGUGUACACGUCUCACGGGCCGACGGUCAUCAUGCCCACCUGGUUCUGUUCUCGUGACUGGUUUGAGAAAGUGGGUCUGUUUAACGAGGGAGGAAAGGGCGUUCCUGAGGAUCUGCUCUUCUUCUACCAGAGUCUCCGUCGCGGAGGUCACGUGAUCCGAGUGGACGAGUGUUUGCUGGUUUAUCGUUAUCAUGAACACGCAGCUACUCAUUCAGUGCUGGAAGAGACCAUCUGGAGUCACCGCGUCCACUUCCUGCAGGAGCGAGUGCUCAGCCAAUGGGAGUCGUUCACCGUAUGGAACGCUGGGAAACAGGGCCGCAGACUCUACCGCAGCUUGAGUGCCACCAAUCAGAAGAAGGUGAAAGCCUUCUGUGAUGUAGAUGAGAACAAAAUUCAUAAAGGCUUUUACACGUACGAGGAGUCGAAGGAACGGCCCAAACCCAGGAUCCCUGUGCUGCACUUCACAAACGCAUCACCGCCGUUCAUCGUGUGUGUGAAGCUGGACAUGACACAGGGAGUCCUGGAGGGAAACCUGCGCUCGCUGCAGCUGAAGGAGGGAGUCCAUUAUUAUCAUUUCAGCUGAAGACGCUGUGCUUGGGCUGCAGUACAGAGAAAGCUCAGGGACUGCAGGAGCUGACAACACUUUCUGCUAGAAAACCAUUUCAUAAUGGACUGAGUCACGUCUUAAUGAGAUUAUAAGAACACACAACCUUUUCUGUCAGAGCUGGAGGAAAGAAACCCUCUUCAGAUGAGUGUCAGACUGUAGGAGAGUCAAAACUGUGGAAUGUGUGUGAGAGCUGGAAACUGCUUCCUGCUGUCCUUCCCAGAGUUACCGGCUUGAGAAACCUCUCACAUCCCUCUAGCACCUACACUACAACACACACACGCACACACACACACACUUAUACGCACUCAAGCACACACACACACAACACACGCACACACACAACACACGCACACACACACA